AUGCGCAUUCAUCUGACGAUCAUCAAAUCCAUCUUUACCGGCUAUGGCCUCAAGAAGAAGUGCUGUAUCCCAAACACUGGUGCACAUUGGUCCAACGUGGUCCAGAACUGGCUCACAGCUGAUUACACCGGUGUAUGGGAUAAGGCCAAAUGUGGCCUUCAAGCCCACCAGGCCGCAAAAGGCUGCUGGAACUCUAAUGGAUCCCCUUUGAUCGGCACCCAGGCCCAUAUCAACCUUCACUGGCAUGCCGUUGUCGUCGAAUGA